CGGGAGCGAGCGGAGCCCGCAGCGAGCAGCGACCGGGCCGCCGCCGCCUCCGCCUGCGCAGCGCCCGCACCGACCCCGCAGCGCCAUGGCGGCCGCGGCCGCCGAGCCCAGCAGCGGCCGCUACCAGCAGCUGCAGAAUGAAGAGGAGCCGGGCGAGGCCGUGCCGGUGGUGAACGACGCGCCGCCGCCCUACAGCAGCAUUUCUGCAGAGAGCACAGCUUACUUUGACUACAAGGAUGAGUCAGGCUUCCCGAAGCCGCCGUCCUACAACGUGGCCACCACUCUGCCCAGCUACGACGAGGCCGAGAGGACCAAGGCCGAGGCCACCAUUCCCUUGGUUCCUGGCAGGGAUGAUGACUUUGUGACACGGGAUGACUUUGAUGACACUGACCAGCUGAGGAUAGGAAAUGAUGGCAUUUUCAUGCUGACUUUCUUCAUGGCAUUCCUCUUCAACUGGAUUGGAUUUUUCCUGUCUUUCUGUCUGACUACUUCAGCUGCAGGACGAUAUGGGGCCAUUUCUGGCUUUGGUCUCUCUCUUAUUAAGUGGAUCCUUAUUGUCAGGUUCUCCACCUAUUUUCCUGGUUACUUCGAUGGCCAGUACUGGCUUUGGUGGGUCUUCCUUGUACUAGGUUUUCUGCUGUUUCUCAGAGGAUUUAUUAAUUAUGCAAAGGUUAGGAAGAUGCCAGAUACGUUUUCCACUCUUCCCAGAACCAGAGUUCUCUUUAUUUACUAAAGAUGUUUUCUGGCAAAUGUCUUCCUGCAUUAGUGAAAUCCCCCCCAAGAAGCAGCAGGACACCUGCAGGAAGUGAAUCAAGGCUCUGGAGCAGAAGAAAAAAUAAUCACCUGCUUUAAAAUAAAUAAAUAAAAGUACUGUUGGAAAAAGGAAAAAAAAAAAAAAAGGAGAAGCAUUUCUUUCGAUUUGUUUUUAGGUGUAAAAUUUUAAUAAUUAACGCAGAAUUCUGUAACUGUUGACUCAUUAGUGGCUAAUGUUUGAAGCAGCUCUUGCAGUGAGUGCUGAUGGAGCCGUUCAGCCGGGGUUUGUGGUGCUUGGGCAGCAGGAGCCGUCCCGGGGCCAGCAGGGGCCAGGCUUGCUUUAGUUCCUGCUCCAGCCUGGGAGCUGCCCGGGCCCUGCCUGGGCUGGGCAGAGUGUGACACCCUGGGCUGUGUGUAGUGUGACACCGUGUCCUGUACAGUCUGACACUCCAUCCUGUGCAGAGUGUGACACCCUGUGCUGUGCAGUGUGUGACACCCUGGGCUGUGCAGUGUGUGACACCCUGGGCUGGGCAUGUGACACCCUGUGCUGUGCAGUGUGUGUGACACCCUGGGCUGUGCAGUGUGUGACACCCUGGGCUGGGCAUGUGACACCGUGUCCUGUACAGUCUGUGACACUCCAUCCUGUGCAGAGUGUGACACCCUGUGCUGUGCAUGUGACACCCUGUGCUGUGCAGUGUGUGUGACACCCUGGGCUGUGCAGAGUGUGACACCCUGGGCUGUGCAGUGUGUGACACCCUGGGCUGGGCAUGUGACACCCUGUGCUGGGCAGUGUGUGACACCCUGGGCUGUGUGUGUGACACCCUGUGCAGUGUGUUGUGUGUGACACCCUGUGCUGUGCAGUGUGUGACACCCUGGGCUGUGCAGUGUGUGUGACACCCUGUGCUGUACAGCGUGUGACACCCUGUGCUGUGCAGUGUGUGUGACACCCUGUGCUGGGCAGUGUGUGUGACACCCUGUGCAGUGUGUGUGACACCCUGUGCUGUGCAGUGUGUGACACCCUGUGCAGUGUGUGUGACACCCUGUGCAGUGUGUUGUGUGACACCCUGGGCUGUGCAGAGUGUGUGACACCCUGUGCUGUGUGUGUGACACCCUGUCCUGUGCAGUGUGUGACACCCUGUGCUGUGCAAUGUGUGACACCCUGGGCUGGGCAGUGUGUGACACCCUGUGCUGUGUGUGUGACAGCCUGUGCUGGGCAGUGUGUGACACCCUGUGCUGUGCAGUGUGUGCUCUGUGUCCUGUACAGCCCAUGUAAGCCCACAUCCUGUCCAGCCCACACGUGCCACAUCCUGUCCAGCCUGUGUGCAUCGUGUCCUGUACAAGCCAUGGAACUCCAUGUGCUCCGUGUCCUGUCCAUCCUGUGUACUCCAUGUACAUCGUGUCCUGUCCAGCCCUGUACUCCGUGUCCUCUCUAUCCCUGUAUUCCAUGUCCUAUCCUGUCCAUCCUGUGUACUCCAUGUACAUUGUGUCCUGUCCACCCCUGUACUCUGUGUCCUGUCCCUGUCCGUCCCUGUACUCUGUACUCCAUGUUCUGUCUGUCCUUCCCUGUCCAUCCCUGUCCCCCUUGUCCUGUCUGUCCAUCCCAGUCCAUCCUUGUCCCCGUGUCCUGUCUGUCCAUCCCCUAUUCAUCCCUGUCCCCAUGUCCUGUCCAUCCCUGUCCCCAUGUCCUGUCCAUCCCUUUCCCCGUGUCCUGUCUGUCCACCCCAGUCCAUCCCUGUCCCUGUGUCCUGUCCAUCCCUGUCCCCAUGUCCUGCCCCUCCCUGUCCCCAUGUCCUGUCUGGCAGCGCAGGGUGACUGCAGCUGAGGUGACAGCACCUGGAAGCUGUGUCAGCAGGGGUGGCUGCACUCCUGCAGUCCCCCAGCACCCAGGGGCCUGUGGAGGAAGAGGGGUCGCUGCAGUCUGGACUCUGAGGUGUCAUUGGGAAUUGAGAGGUGGCACAAGUAUUAACUUUUAACAGUCUUUAUUCUCGUGUUGUAGUAUCCUUUCUUUUUGCACCACCAACUUUUUGGGCUCUCCGGUUUUCACGGAACAAGUCUGUAGUGUAAAACUAAAAGAUCAUGUUGCAACUUUGUAUAAAAACCAUCUUGCAAAACAAAGGCCUUGUUUUUUCUUUGGCUUGGGACUUUUGAGACAAUUCCUAACAUACCUGUAAUUCUUGCUUUUAUAAUUUGUGUUAGCAGAGACUCUGAUGCAUUGGAAAUGUAGAUUUAAUGUGCACUCCUGUGCUUUCUGCCAAGUGGUCAUUCACUUUGGAGUUUUACAAUGUUCAACCUGUAAAUACAGCAGAACGUCAAUAAAUGUCACUUCUGUAGCAA